UCUUGUCAUGUGACACAGUUUCCCCUGCCAUUUAAAGGCAGCUGGGGGCUUUGUUUUGCUGAGUCACAUUUAAGAGAGUUUGGAGGGAAGCUGACUUUGUGGGACUGCAAGGUGAUUGCCAAAUGGAGUUGGAGCCUGGCCUCACCGCAACUGGCCUGAACAUCCAGCCUGGACAGGGCUUUCAACUGAGGGGGUGGAUCUUGCCAGAUGCCAAACAUUUUAUUGUAGAUCUUGGCAAAGACUCUGAUAACCUGGUGCUUCGCUUCAAUUUGCGCUUAGCUGGGCUUGUGGAUACGCACGCCAUUGUUUGCAACUCCAAGCAAGAUGGGAUGUGGGGGCAAGAAGAGGAAAGAGCGCGCUUCCCUAUCGAAAAAGGGGAGAAAAUCAAGGUGCUCUUCACCUUUGGUACUUCUGAGUUGAAGGUGAAAGUGGAAGAACCUCUACCUUUCAAGGGGAUUGAAGUGGAAGAAGCCUUUGAUCUGAUGAAACUGGAAGAAGCUUACUUGAGAGAACUUAAUCCACCAGGUGCUCGCAUAAUCUUUGACCAGAACCGAUGGGAACUGGAGUUUGUCUUUCCCAACCGACUGGGCCUAAAAUCCAUCCAGUAUCUCUCAUAUCAGGGAGACUUCAAAUUCCAAGGCCUCAAGUUCCUCUGAUCUUGUCUUUCCUCUAAUCUCACCACGUAGCUGAAUAAAUGCAAGUGUGUUCUUCAAACCAU